AUGGAAAGACUCUCUGUGGUAGAAUAUUUGUCAAUGCGGUAUUUGAAUGAAAGAGAAUUUCAGAGACUGCUCCCAUAUGAUGCGGAUAUUGUAGAAAGAGUAAAAUUCUUGCUACAGCGACAGAAAGACCGGCAGAGAAAAGAAAUACAAAGAAAUAGAAUAAAAGAACAUAUUUACAAAAUAGAAAUAGAGAGAAUUGAAUGGCUCUUAUCGGAGUAUCUUUUAAUUCGGAUGGAGAAAAUACGGAACAACUUUUAUAUAAAGGACGAGUCAAUUCUAUCACCACAUGAAAAAGAGUAUUACAGAGCAUAUAUUAAUUUAAACAAAGAGGUCGGUGCAUACGUGGAGUUAGAGGAUAUUCCUGAGAGACACAGAAAUAAAGAAGACUUGCCAGAAAUACAUGGAGUCUAUGCACUGGAUAAUUUGCAGGAUAUUUCAAUUGAUGGAGAGAUAUUGACACUGUCACCCGGAGAGUUUCUUAUUGGAAAUAUUUCUACAUCAGAGGACUUAGUGAAUGAUUUGGGGGUUCUUUUGGUGUGAACCGAAAACAGUUUUAAAUAAAAAUCGGAGUAUCCGAAAAUAAC